AUGACUCUGAAAGGGAGGAUGGUUCACCCAGAUAAAAGGAAGGGUCUCCUUUAUGUUUACCAAGGAGAAGAUUCUCUAAUGCAUUUUUGCUGGAAAGAUCGUACUACAGGUGAAGUCGAAGACGAUUUGUUAAUAUUUCCUGAUGAUUGUGAAUUUGUUCGUGUCAACGAAUGCACCACUGGCCGUGUCUAUGUCUUGAAGUUUAAGUCAUUUUCUAAGAAAUAUUUCUUCUGGCUGCAGGAACCAAAAACUGAUAAGGAUGAUGAUUACUGUCGUCGCAUCAACGAAGCCUUGAAUAAUCCUCCAACAUCUGGAGGCCGUGGAGGUGGCAGUGGUGGUGGACAGGAUGGAGAGCUUCAGAAUAUUUUGAACAAUAUGUCUCAGCAACAACUGAUGCAACUACUUGGAGGAGUAGGGCAGAUUGGAGGAUUGUCUUCUCUUCUUGGCACUAUGGGCAACAACUCUAGUGGCAGCAGCGGUAAUAGUAGCAGCCGCCCAUCAGCUGGUAGCGGCAGCAGUUCUCGUGGUGGUAGUGCGCCUCGCAGUACCGAGUCGCCCGCCGUCGCUCGCACGCCCGCACGCGCUCGCGACGUGCCAGCACCCACGGCAACGCCGCCAAACACCGCGACCGCUGCCCAGCCACGUAGUGGGCAGAUUCAACUGGCUGACCUGCAGCACUACUUCUCGGGGCUGGGCACCGCUCCGGAGGGCGAGGGCGGCGCGGCGAGCGCGGGCGGCGCGGGCGCGCGUGUGGACCUGGCGGCGGCGUUGGCGGCGCCCGAGGUGGUGACGACGGCCAGCGCGCCCCCCAACGCCGCGCGCCUGGCGCCGCACCUGCCGCCGGCGCCCGCGGGCGCCACGCCGGACGAUGUAAGGACCACCCUGCUCUCACCGCAGUUCGCUCAGGCUACUAAUCUGUUUUCUUCGGCUUUAACUUCGGGACAAAUGGGACCAGUUAUGUCGCAGUUCGGGCUUCCGUCAGAAGCGGUUUCGUCAGCUAAUACAGGAGACAUGCAGGCCUUUUUCAAUGCUCUUGAGAAGUCAUCAAAUUCAUCAGACGCAAACAAGUCCAAAGAAAGCGAUGAUAAGAAAAAAGAAGACAAACCCAAAGAUGAUAAAAAUGAGAAAAAAGACGACGAUGCCGAAAUGUCACUUGAUUAA